GGGCGCCCCAUACCGGAUAUUCAUAUGUUCAAUCGCUGGAAAACAAGUGGCAUCUUGGCAGUCCACAGCAACAGGACACACGUGGAGUAGAUGCUGUAUAACACACACAUUCAUGACGUGUUCAGAUCGGUCCACUGAUACACAAUGUUAGUAUCACUGCUGUACGUCAUCCUGGCAGGCCUCUCCAUCCUCUCUACCCCUGUAUCAUCAAUACAAAGAUGCCAAGUCGCUGAAAGGAGCUUUAACAUAUCCGCUACCUAUAUGAUCCACAAGACGGAAAAACGCGUGUACGUUCACACGUUUGUCAUUCAAUCUGUAGAGGGGGAUCAGUCUAAUGACACUGAAUGUUUCAUUGAAGCUGCUGAUGUCUUCAAAGAUGAACAAAAUUAUUCGGGAUCCCGAAUACGAGCUUAUGCAUUUUUGUGUGGGAAACCAACCAACAUCAUCAUCAACGGAACAUAUCCUGCUCUAAAAGAAGUAAUAUCGUACGUUCAAAUUCAGAAUUGUGAUUUGAGUUUGGAAAGUCUGAAUAUAAUUGCCAAUACCACAAGUGUAACGGUGUUGAAUAUCGUCUGGCAGUCGGCCUUGUUGGCUUCAUCUGACCCACGACAAUGCGCUGCUCUUGACGGAGUUGGAACAUUGAUGAUCUCAAACAAGCGAUACCCUUCUCUAGAUAUGGAAGUCUUCUUUGCUUGCAAGGACCAUUUGUCGUUCAUGGCGGAAAUGAUACUGAGGAACCUGUCUCUUACUGAGCUACCAGCAGAAUUAUUCCAACAUAUGCCGACACUACAAGGACUGGAUCUAUCAGUGAACAAUUUCACCAUUCCUCCAGAAUUUCCUUGGGAUAACAGCACUCGAGAUCUGCCACGAAACCUAACAAGAACCACUUUUUUCCAGAAUCAGUAUACAUAUGGAAUCGUUGAAAUGUCGGCUCGUGAAUAUAGGCGCGAGUUUAGGCUGGACUAUAACCCUCAUCUUAACCUCACAGGAUACAACUUUAGAGGGUAUCUACAAAUGCUUUCCUUGGAAGGAUGUAACUUGGAGUCGUUGCAACCUGGUGUGUUUUAUGAGGUGGAUGGACUUCAAUAUCUUAAUCUUGCACAGAAUCAGCUUGAAAGUAUCCCCCCGGGAUUAUUUCAGAAAGCAUCAGAAUUACGCAAGCUUGAACUACAAGGGAACAAACUGACAGAGCUACAGGCAGGUGUAUUCCAGGGACUUCAUGACUUAGUUCGCCUAGAUCUGAGCAACAACGGCCUCUCUCUUCUAGGAGAUAGGUUGUUUGAUGGAUUAUUCAAACUCGAGAAGUUGGACCUCAAGAACAACAAGCUGACGCAUAUAAACAGUAACGCCUUCUCGAAACUUUUAGUAAAUUUAAAAGUAGUCGAUCUGGAAAAUAAUCCACUAACACAUAUUCCGGAGAGUCUGUUGCUGUUGAGAAGUCUGUAUGAUAUCCGGAUGAAAGGACACAACAUCACAGAUCUCGACUUUUCAAAGCUUGACCAUGCAAUUCCAUAUGAUCGGCUGAAAUAUACCUUGGUGGACUCAGUCAGUAAUGGUAACCCGGACUUGGAUAGGCCAUCCGACGGAUUGAGGGCUGUUGACUUGUCUGAUGGCAGCAUCCAAACGAUAUCCUUCACUCCUGCGGACAAAUACACACCUAUCAAAAUCAGCUUGCUUCUCAAGCAUUAUAAAUUCAUUCUUCAUAAUAAUCCUAUCAGAUGUGACUGUAACAUUCUGAACUUCACAACUUAUGUGAGGGAACUCAAAGAGAAUGGAUCAAUAGCUGGGACUGAUCUUCCUGUUAAGGUUUAUGGGACUGAAUUUGCUUAUGAUGCUUGGACAUGUUCACAGCCACAGGAACUAUCCGGAAGGAAGGUGCUGCUUCUUGAAGACGAUGAAACAUAUUGCCUUUCGAACACAACACAAUGUCCACUAAACUGCUCAUGUUACGAACGAUCCAUUAGUAGAUUGAACAUUGUAGACUGUAGAGGAAUUGGACUGACCGAAGCUCCAAAAACUCUUCCUCCUGGAGACACUGAGCUUUGGCUUCAAGACAACCACAUCAGGAACUUUUUGAUUGGGAGAGAACUGAGUCAGAGAUUAGUGGAACUUAAUUUAGAGAGAAAUGGGCUUGAAAAGUUAAAUCCGACAUGCCUUUCCCAUAUGGGGAAGCUAGAGAGGUUAUAUAUCCAAGAUAAUGUUUUGGCAAACAUCCCUCCAGAAAUCCAGGAGAUGAAUUUGAAAAGUAUAAAGCUUGGAGGAAAUCCCUUGCAGUGUGACUGUCAUUCGCUGUGGAUGAAACAAUGGCUCGUCGCAAACCAUGAAUAUGUUGAAGAUUCUUUUGACGUCAAGUGUGUUAAUUUUGUUGAAGAUAUCGGAAGGAAUAUCUUUGCAGUUCCCGAUGGAGAUUUCAUAUGUGAGGAAAUACCUAUUCAUAAAGUAGCAGUGCCUAUCGCAGUGCCUACAGUGAUUGUGCUAUUUAUGUUGGUCUUGUCACUGGUGUUGUUCAUUCACUGGGAUGACUUCAAAGUAUUUCUGUAUGUUCACACCGGUAUACAUCCAUUUGACAAGAAAGACCCCAGUGGAAUAAUGUGUUAUGAUGCUUUCGUGGUAUAUCCCGCCUAUUUGUCUGACUGGGCUCAAGAAAACGUUGUGAAUCCCCUCAAGACCAAGCACCGUUACAAGGUGUAUGAUGUGGCAAACGAUUUCAAAUUUGGACAUUCAUUACAGGAGAAUAUUCAGCAUGGUGUCGCUUUAAGUAAGAGAAUUGUUUUAGUUCUUGGAGAACAAUCCGAAUCCGACUCCAUGAUGCAAAUAGCUGUGGAAGCAGGUCUCGAGAAGAGCCGAGGGGAAAAGGCCAACUUUCUGGUACCGAUUCUUCACAAUGCUGUGCCUAAGAACUUUGACAAUGAACAGCUUCAUAAAUACUUCAAAGCAGGGAAAUAUGUGAACGAGUCAAGCGAUCAUUUCUUAAAACGGUUACUCUACUACAUGCCCACCAAACAAGUUAAUUCUCAAGAAGUCACGGAAACAGUUAACCUGGCAUUUGAAGACCAAACUGACUUGACAGAAACAGCCACGGUGAAUGACAUACACGUAGAUAUCCACAAAGAAGGUAACACUAAUAUGACAAUGGUUAUUCAACCAGCCGCAUUGCCUCAGCCUGACCUGGUUGAAGAUACAAAACAAGGGUCAACCGUCUUUGUGUGGUAUGCAGAUUCAGAUUUUCCAUUCAUGAUGGAAAAGAUUGUGAAUCCUAUGGAAGCCGAAGGUCAUAGCUUCAUCUUGGCUGACAAAAGUUUCAUCCCAGGAGCAGCUGUCCAAGAAAACAUCCUUCAUGCUGUGGAGGACAGUGACAGGACUAUUAUCAUUCUCUCGCAGGAGUCAGUUAUCGAUGAAUGGAUUUUGUUUGUGUUCAGGUUUGCAAGUGAGCGUCAGAUGGUGGACAGAUCCUUCAUGGCUGGAAUGGUGGUCAGGGAGGGAAUGCUGAAUGUCCCGUGUGACGAGGAGAUUGUGAAGCAUUUGCUGGCCUAUCAACCACUUAGUGAGAAGGAUUGUGCCUUCCACAAGAAACUUCGGACAUUUGUUGGACCACGUGUGCGGAACUGUAGACAGAACCGUUCUCAAGACAAACUGAACUGUGACGUAUGAUACGCUUAAGAUAAAUGGCAUUAUGAUGGAAUACUCACAGUUAUCUUCUUCCUUGUGUGCAGAACUAUGGAAACAACUGUUCACAAGACUGAACUGUAUUACUCUACAAACAUAUUUACAGUGAAUUAGUGUGGAAAAGUGUUCGAGCACAAGGUUCCGGAGUCGCUGGACAAACCGCUCAUUUGGGUACAGUAUCGCGGCAACUGUUUGAUAAUCACAUGAAGAACUUGUGGCCGAGUCGUCUAAGGCGCCGCGAUUCGCUGUGCAGAGUUGCGUCCCUUGGUCACGCCAGAAACCUAUGAUUGUGGGUUCGAAUCCCGGUUCGCCCCGAUUAUGUUUCUAGGGUUGUCA